CAAUGAAGAGUACGCUCGUGAAAAAUUCAACCAAUCGGUUACGAACAGUUCCUCCUCAAUUGACCUAUUAGCUUUGAGCAUUCACUUCUUUUCUUUGGCAGCCCAGUUUUGACCAAUAGGAAACGAGGCCGCCUGCGCAGAGGGCUGGGCGCGAGAAUCGGCGGGAUGGACAAAAAUCAUAACGCCACGGAGCUGUACGCACAGGGGAAAGAUUACGAGAACCCGUUCUGACGGCGAGUAAUGAAAGUAAUGUGUCGGUUCCUCUAUCUAAAUACCGGCGUUUUGUUGUGUAACACUACAUUUUUAAGAAAGACGUACCAGCAAGGGACACAAGGACGACUUUCAUAUCUGCCGAGGCGAUUUUAUCGGAAGUGAAAAUGGCGUUUGCACAGAGAGCAAUGUUAUGAAGACAGUUAGCCCGUUAGCUAGCCGCACAGUUACCGCAAACAAAACAGCAAUGACUAACAUCAGUUUCUAUGGAUAAACCUCUGUUAAUGCGGGACUUCAGAAAAUUUCCAAACACAGCUUCGUCUUUGAUAAUAUUCAAUCAUCCUACUGGCUAUGGACAACGUCAAGUCACGCAGCACUGAUGAAGACGACGAGCUGCUUUCCACAGAUCCAGAGAGUAAAGAAAAGAACAAAGAUAAAAAGACGCUGUGCAAAGUCAAGUGGUCUCGGGAUGAAGAUGAAAAACUGAAGAAACUCAUAGAGCAGCAUGGAACUGAAUCCUGGAAAUUAAUCGCUAACCUUUUUCCUGGGAGGACAGAUGGUCAGUGUCAGCACCGCUGGCAGAAGGUGCUCAACCCCGAGCUGGUAAAAGGACCGUGGACAAAAGAGGAGGAUCAAAAGGUGAUCGACUUGGUUCACAAGUAUGGCCCCAAGCGCUGGUCCGUGAUCGCAAAGCACCUCCAGGGAAGGAUUGGGAAGCAGUGUCGGGAGCGUUGGCACAACCACCUGAACCCGGAGGUGAAGAAGUCUUCGUGGACUCAGGAGGAGGAUCAAAUUAUCUACGAGGCUCACAAACGGCUGGGCAACCGCUGGGCAGAGAUCUCCAAACUCCUUCCUGGACGGACAGACAAUUCCAUCAAGAACCACUGGAAUUCCACCAUGAGGAGGAAAGUGGAGCACGAGGGUUACCUGCAGGACGGCUGCAAGGCUUUCACCUCCAGUGGUGUCAAAAGACGUCACAGUAAAGCUCCAACACCAGCAGAACCCCCGCUAUGUGACCGCAGCCCUCUUCCUGUGCCUGGGCCCAACCAGAUGGCUGGAUUUUCAUACGAUCCUGCCAGCGGACACAUGAUGGACAGCCUCUCUGAAAACCCCGGCUUCAUGCUACCGUCCUGCCUGGAUGAUCCUGACAGAGAGCAAAGAAUUAAGGAGCUUGAGCUUCUACUUAUGUCAGCAGAAAGAGAAGUCCAGCGGCAAAUGCAGUGCAGAGGUUCCUGUGGUGUGGAUCCAUACCCAGCCUGGUCAGACGGUGUGUCUGAUGACGUCUUCGCCACAAGCAGCAGCAGCCUAGAAGAACCAGUGGAGAGGGAGCCCUGGAGGGGUCCAGAGAUCUCGCCGGGGCCUCCGACACAGCUUCCAGUCUCCCCCAGUAAGUUCCUGUCUGUAGAGGCCAGCGCUGUGCUCUCCAGCCUGCAGACCAUCCCGGAGUUUGCAGAAACCAUGGAGCUCAUCGAUUCACAGGACCCCGCUACGUGGAACAAUGCGGCCGCUUUAGACUUGCCGAACACAACGCCGCCCCUCAGACAAAACCAAGCAGGCUACGCAAAUCCCUUGCAAGAGAAGGCCGUUUACAAUCUCAUAGAUUUCACCGCCAAUGCUCCCAGUGUCGUCUCAGGCAGGAACGCUGCUCCUUUUGGUUUGGGGGGCGGCAUCAACCCAUCGAAACCCACCCAGGCAUCCAUCGGGAAGAAAAGGAGGAAAGACAGAGGGGAACCUCUGUGUGAAAGGAUCUGUUCAUCUUUUUUGGAGAACAUCUCACCCAAGAAAACUCCCACAAAGUCGCAACAUUUCACGCCAUCGCGACUCUGCAACACAUCAGGGAUGGAGCACCUGAAUCUGGAUGAUCCCACCCUGACGUCAACCCCCGUGUGCAGUCAGAGGUGCAUCCUCAAAGGAGCUACGCCUAACCACCAGAAAGAGAAUGAUGGUUCCAGGACUCCAAAAGUUCGUAAAAAAGCCGCCGUUCUAACCCCGAGAACUCCCACUCCCUUUAAAAACGCUCUGGCUGCUCAGGAGAAAAUGCAUGGCCCGCUGAGGUUGGAGCCACAGCCUUUGGCAUUUCUCGAAGAGGACAUUCGAGAAGUCCUGAAGCAGGAGACGGGAACGGACAUCUUCCACAAAGCAGACUUCCAGCUGGACCACCGAGCGUGGAAGCACCAUAUGGACGGCCCGGCUAGAAAAGUGCGCAAGUCUCUUGUUUUAGACUCUUGGGAGAAGGACAGUCUCGAUGUCCAACUCUUCCAGGAGCAACUCAACAAUGCACUGUUGUCGGAGUCUCUGCUGACAAACUCUUCUUCACUGGUCGACCCUGAGCAAGAGAAACGUGGACAGGCUUUGCCUUCUAAGAAAGACGGUCCCUCUUUAGGAGUUCGCAGUCACGCUCAGCAGUUCUCUAGCCCUCCUAUCAAGAAGGUAUCUUCCUUGAUUAAAGCACCAAAACCCGCUCACUCACAGGUAAGUGAGUGGGAAGCAGUGGUUUAUGGGAAGACUGAGGACCAGCUCAUCAUGACAGAACAGGCUCGUCAGUACCUGAACCCCUUUUCAUCGUCUGGCUCUACCUCAAGGGCUCUGGUGCUUUAAAGGCCAUCCCCUUCAGCUAGCAGCAUUACAUCCGACUCAAACGUCCACCAAGUCCCCGUGGGAGACAAUCCACGGAGCAGAAACACCGUCCACAUACAGGCACGGCUGCUGGUACUGUUAACGCAUGCUUAGGUCACGUAGUUCAUACUGAUCAGUAGCUUCAGACUUAUACAGUGGGGCAAAAAAGUAUUUAGUCAGCCACCGAUUGUGCAAGGUCUCCCACUUAAAAUGAUGACAGAGGUCAGUAAUUUUCAUCAUAGGUACACUUCAACUGUGAGAGACAGAAUGUGAAAAAAAAAUCCAUGAAUUCACAUGGCAGGAUUUCUAAAGAAUUUUUUUUGUAAAUCAGGGUGGAAAAUAAGUAUUUGGUCAAUAACAAAAAUUCAACUCAAUACUUUGUAACUUAACCUUUGUUGGCAAUAACAGAGGUCAAACGAUUACUAUAGGUCUUUACCAGGUUUGCACACACAGUAGCUGGUAUUUUGGCCCAUUCCUCCAUGCAGAUCUUCUCGAGAGCAGUGAUGUUUUGGGGCUGUUGCCGAGCAACACAGACUUUCAACUCCCUCCACAGAUUUUCUAUGGGGUUGAGGUCUGGAGACUGGCUAGGCCACUCCAGGACUUUCAAAUGCUUCUUACGGAGCCACUCCUUUGUUGCCCGGGCGGUGUGUUUGGGAUCAUUGUCGUGUUGGAAGACCCAGCCACGUUUCAACUUCAAAGCUUACUGAUGGAAGGAGGUUUUGGCUCAGAAUCUCACGAUACAUGGCCCCAUUCAUUCUGUCCUUAACACGGAUCAGUCGUCCUGUCCUCUUAGCAGAAAAACAGGCCCAAAGCAUGAUAUUCCCACCCCCAUGCUUCACAGUAGGUAUGGUGUUCUUGGGAUGCAACUCAGUAUUCUUCUUCUUCCUCCAAACAUGAUGAGUUGAGUUUAUACCAAAAAGUUCUUCUUUGGUUUCAUCUGACCACAUGACAUUCUCCCAAUCCUCUGCUGUAUCAUCCAUGUGCUCUCUGGCAAACUUCAGACGGGCCUGGACAUGCACUGGCUUCAGCAGCAGAACACGUCUGGCACUGCAGGAUUUGAUUCCCUGCCGUUGUAGUGUGUUACUGAUGGUGACCUUUGUUACUGUGGUCCCAGCUCUCUGCAGGUCAUUCACCAGGUCCCCCGUGUGGUUCUGGGAUUCUUGCUCACCGUUCUCAUGAUCAUUUUGACCCCACGGGAUGAGAUCUUGCGUGGAGCCCCAGAUCGAGGGAGAUUAUCAGUGGUCUUGUAUGUCUUCCAUUUUCUGAUAAUUGCUCCCACAGUUGAUUUUUUCACACCAAGCUGCUUGCCUAUUGUAGAUUCACUCUUCCCAGUCUGGUGCAGGUCUACAAUUCUUUUCCUGGUGUCCUUCGAAAGCUCUUUGGUCUUGGCCAUAGUGGAGUUUGGAGUCUGACUGUUUGAGGCUGUGGACAGGUGUCUUUUAUACAGAUAAUGAGUUCAAACAGGUGCCAUUAAUACAGGUAACUAGUGGAGGACAGAAAAGCUUCUUAAAGAAGACGUUACAGGUCUGUGAGAGCCAGAGAUUUUCCUUGUUUGAAGUGACCAAAUACUUAUUUUCCACCCUGAUUUACAAAUAAAUUCUUUAAAAAUCCUGCCAUGUGAAUUCAUGGAUUUUUUUUCACAUUCUGUCUCUCACAGUUGAAGUGUACCUAUGAUGUAAAUUACUGACCUCUGUCAUCAUUUUAAGUGGGAGAACUUGCACAAUCAGUGCCUGACUAAAUACUUUUUUUGCCCCACUGUAUUUUAACAUAUUAUUUAAAAGCCGACAUAACGAUACUGGUGUGUCUCGCCCCGUUGCUGUUAUGAGAUAAAAACAACACUCAUGCUGCCGUUUUUAAAAUCACACUAAAUCACACUUUUAAAUACAACACCAAUCAUUGUUUUUCAUUAAAAAAACAGCAGCGUGGUUGUUGUAACAGUAUGUGGGAAUGUUUUCUGUCAGUAUUGCACUACUGAGAUAAUUUUGCUGCUGAGGAAGGAGCGUGAUUAUUAUUAUUAUUUUUUAUGAGCAGACUGGAUAGCACUUCUGAAUAACAACACAACGUUUCCUUUCCAAGGCCAUAAAAAAAUCAGCUGAAUGUAUUUCAUUGCAAUGGAAGAACCUCAAACAUGGAAGGGUACUUUAUUGUUUAUUUCUAAUUGUUUUAUUUAUUUUUCAGUUUUUAAAGCUUAGAUAUUAAUAUAAAUCAGACAACAUAAGGUCUAACUGCUGACAAAACAGCCUAAAAACUCUCUUGCUCUAAGCAUUGCUACCUUUUAUUUUUCAACUUUCAGUCCCGGUGAUUCAUUCUGACUUCAUACCACAAAAAUCAAGCAUUUGGCUGAGAAGGAUUGUAGUUUUCAUGUGAAGGCUGUAGGUUCUAUUUAUUUACUAUUUAUUUAUUUCUUUGAAAAAGAAAACCUUUAAGAAGAAUUAUUGAAGAAUUUUAUCAAUCUUUUCACUUUUAAAAUCAGGAUUGGGCUACAGUUCAUUUUCCUGCACUGCCAUUCAUUUUAAUUUGAACUUCUCUUGAUCGUACGAGAUGUAGAAAAUAAUGUUGUAGAUAUGUGAGUGAUGUUGUAACAUAGAUGAGGCUUUUUCCUCCCCUUUAAAUUAAAUGUCGCUGUUAGGUAGCAGGACACCAUCUCCGACCUCUAAUCAUGGACAAAUUGCACUUUUUAUUCAUUUGAAUAAAAAUUUUAAGUUCAUUUGAAGGAUGUAGCUCUUGUUUAUGUGUUUUAGAUGUGUUUCUGUCUAUGUUAGUUACUGCUGCUUGAUUUUCUCCCGUUUGGCUGUGAAAAGGUGUGUUAAGUUCUCCUUGUCCAGUAUCUCACUAGGCUGUUGACGACCAGACAGCUAUGCAAACUUGAAAGAAAGUCGACACAUUUUCAACUUAGAACAAGUCUAAAUCGGUUCUUAAGUUAUUCUUUUACGAAGUUUUAUAUUGUCAGUUCAUGAGGGAUGUAAGAUGUAACAAACCGCUAUUUAGUCAAGUCAAAAUUUGUUUAACCCUCCCACCGUCCUAAUGGGUGUGACCCUGUGAGGAAAGCUGACCAUUGAGCGGGGUUGAUGGUUUAUCCCUUGGGUCCAUGUGGCAGGGGUGAGGAGUGAGCACCACCUCACCCCUGCCACAUUGACCUCAAGGGAUAAAUCACCAACCCUGCUCGAUGGUCAGCUUUCCUCACGGGAUCACCCAUAAAGACAGUGGGAGGGUUAAAAAGCACAUUUAAGAAAUAUCUGCUAACUAAAGUAAUUAAUAAAACAAUUAUUAAUAUAAAAGCAAUGUAAAUAAACUCAAGUACAAUAAAAUACAACAUAAAGCAAAAUAAGGGAAGAUUAACACAAUAUGGGGGUAAGAAAUAGGGGUAUUCAUAAGUAUUUUCAGCUCGUUAAACAACACCAGACAGCUACAAUUUAUAAGCGUGACUCUCCCAUAUUCCAGUCAGAAUCGACAAAGCUCCUCGAUUAGAAGCAAAACAUCUUCAAGAAGUCAAAUAAUUCCAGUUGUCUUAUUUAAACCCUUUGGAUUAUCAUGACUGAGAACCUUCAGUUCAAUGGCUAUAGCUCCCACCCCCUGCUUCCCCUCCCCUUCUGAAAGGACUUCAUAUCGCACAAGCAUAGAGAAGGCAGGGCUUAAACAAUAGUACAAUGUCGUUAAACUGAUCACUUAACUCCAAUACACAAAAGAUAAAUUCUUGUUUUGUUCCCCACCCUCCCCUUCCACAGUUAGCUUGUUAGUCUACUGACAUUAAUUGAAUUCAGUUCAAGUUAGUAUUCAAGCUAGUGCCACAUUAGCCCUUGGUAUACACAGCAUACAACAAUUAUCAGCCCUACUUUUCUUUUAUUUAAACAAAAAAUGUGUACAGUUCUCUAAAAUAUUGUAAACUACUUAGUAUUUGCCUGUCCAAAAGCAACUUUAGCAAAAAGAUCACGAAGUCCCAACGUAAAUUCCACUCAAUUGUCGUAAAACAAAGUAGAAGGAAUCGGUAACUUCGGCAAUUGCUUUGGAUGCCCCAUUGCAAACUUCCGGCGUCACUCUGUAGAGCUUACUGGGGAUUAGGAGGCAUUUUUGUUGAUUGACGGCUCCCUGUUGCAAAUAUGCAAAUCUAUUGAUCUGGAAACUUUAGGCUGGAAUAAAUUAUUUGUUAUGCUUUAAAGUAGUGAUGCACCGAUAUGAAAUUUUUGAGCGGUUACCGAUAUCCAAUAUUGAGAUCACUGUUAUGGCAGAUAACCGAUAUUUACAGAUACCGAUAUACUGACAUUAAUGCUUCUAAUAUCAGCAGAUUUUGUAUAGAAUGAAAAUUAUUAAAGCUGAAUUUACCUUAUUAUGUACACACAACACACACAUUUAUGGUUCAAUCGCUGUCACAUGACUAAACAAAUACACAUCACCCCCCUCACCCUCUGAAACAGGCAAAGAAAUGGAGACGAGGUGGAAAAAAUAUUGGUUGUUAAUAUCGGCCCGGUUUUAUUUAUUGAACCGAUACCGAUAUGUUAAAAAAUGACUAACAUUGGCAGAUACCGAUAUUGAUGCCGAUAUAUUGUCCAUCCCUACUGUAAAGGCUAAAGGAGGGUUUAUCUGGGCCGCUCCACCAGAUGCAUAAGCAUUGCGUCUGCAGAACGUAGUAUGCAGUAAUUAGCCGUCGUUAUAGAGGUAGGGUGCGUCUGUGAUGUGUCGCAUUUUGAACGUAUCCCAGAAGUGUAGCUACGAGUCGGUCUGCUAAAUUUACGCGAUGCACUUCCAGAACGUGUCAAGCUCAGCAGUUCAGAUCAGACCAAACAGGAAGUCAACUACAGGAACAGUGCAAAAUCAAAACUUUUCUAAAUAACCUACACAUGCAGAUAUCCAGUUGCUUAAUUACAUAAAUAAAGAACUUCUUUACCUGUGAAACCUCCAUAGCCGAGGUAAACAGAACAGAAAAUAAAUCACAGACCCUUUUGGAUACAUGCUGCCAUCUUUCUUAUUGCUUAAUAUCGUGUAACCCGCCAAAAUUAUGCGUGAUCAUCGACUUCUCCAGUGAUUUUGUGACCUCACGGGACCAUAUCAGUUAUGAAAUAUUAACUACUUUAUAUCGUAAAACAGGGUCAGAUAAUGACAUUUAAGCAUUUCUGAAGUUACUUAAAAUUUAAAUAACGUAUUCUAGCAAUAAACAGAACCUUUGAUUCGUAGACGAAAAUCAAAAGUUUGAACAUUUCUGACCUUCUAAGGCUGCUAAAAAAGCUCUAAGUUAAUGUUUUUUAGUUGUCCGUAACAAAUUUGCGACUUUUUACUGUACAAAAUAUUUGAAUUGCAUUGUUGAAGACAAAAAAAAUUGCGAGAAAACUUUCAAAUCUUCAUUUAGAAUCGUUGAAUUGUUGCUAUGUUUUUGCAACAAAUUUUAUAAACAGCCAGAUCAAAUUUAGUUGGUAAUUUACCACCGACAGUCACAGCCGAGUGAGAUACUCACUUCCGUAAAAAAAAAAAAACUUCCAGUGUCUGCUUCCAUCCUGCUGAAAUUCCCUUAAAUCUCCACUGCCUCGCCUAUUUUUAAGAUUCUGCAAUGGAACAUAAAUGCUUCGAGUAAAACAUAAAUCCAAGCAGAAUCAGGUGUGGCGUAAGAGGAAAUGUCUUCCACGGGAAAAGCUUGAUCCAUGACUCUUUUCAUAAUCUGCACUACAGCUACUAAUGCUUAUCAGGAUUAUCCUGCAUUAAACGUUUGAGUGAGAACAGGAAGGGAAUCAUGUCAAAGAUCACUGGAAAGAUCAGGACUGUUGGAGCUCAGACAGUGGAUUAAGCAUCUAAAUAUGUUCAUUUUUGUAAUUUAAUCUGAUGGCCGAGAUGUGUUUAAUCUGUAUAUAUUUGUGCCGUAUGUUCUGUUUUUUCAGUUUGACUUGAGUUUGUACAUUCCACCUGUUAUAAUAAAUGUGCUACCAUCACUUGGCCGUAUCGCAUCUUAGGUUUUAAGGGAAAUAAAGAUGCAUGCAGGAUAGUGGCAGCUGCCUUUAUACUACUGUAGUUAUGCAUGAGCAGCACAUUUACAAGGUGAAUUGUGCUAUUUUAUGCAGCGUUUUCUAUAAUAACAGGUGAUCGGAAUCCUGCCAGCUGGUUUUGUAACUCUGUACUUAAUUUGGAAAAAUAAAUGAAUCUAUUGCAUCAC